CGGAGAAAGUUGUGAAAUCCUGGUCAGAAGCGGUGUUUUCCAGUCAUGUCACGAAGCCAGGAUCUGGUGGCUCUUCUGCGGGGUCUUCAGAUUGUUCUUGAGGCCACAGUGAAGACGCAAGAGCAGUGCUUUCAGCGUCUCUGGGCGAAUUCCAGCAUCCGGGAAAUUGUGUUACAAAACCGUGAAAUGUCAUCUAAGUGCCUCAACAAGUUUCUCCAGGAUCCCUCGAAGAAGCUCUCCGGUGUGUCAGACAACCUCAAGGAGGCCGCCGAGAGGGGCUCCGUGGUGCUGGAGGGCAUCCGGCAGCUCACCGCGAGUUCCGUGAAGCUGGAGCCCAGGAAUGUGACCAAAGAUCUCGGGAAUGUUGACAUAGCUUCACUGACACUCAAAGAGUUGGAACACUAUCUGGCGCAGAACAAAAACAGAUCGCCAGAGGCGAGAUUCGAGGUUUUCCGGCGAGAUGAAGUUGUACCGACGCCUGUGGCGCCCACUUCUGUGGCCGAGGAUGAGAAGAACGUCCAGGAGUGGAUGACUUUCAUUGCCAAACAGGACACAGGGGCGGAAAAGCCUGCUGAGGAGGCGAGAGUAACAUCAAAUGUGCCCCAAUUGAGCGCCGUGGCGAAGCAGAGGAAAGUUCCGGCGACCAGAAUUGGCAGGAUGAUGUCUUUCGGCGGGCUGUUUGCCGGCGUGGGUUUGGGCACGAUUGGGGAGCUGACGAAGGGAGCGCUGGGCCUGGGAGGAACGCUGAAUGUGAAGGAGGCGGUCUUCAAUCCGGCCAAUGCGGACAGAAUUGUGGAUACGCUUUGCAGAGUUCGCGGAGCAGCGCUGAAGAUUGGCCAGAUUCUCAGUAUUCAGGACACUUCGAUGGUCAACCCGCAACUCGCGAAGGCCUUCGAGAGAGUGAGACAAGCGGCGGAUUACAUGCCGGAUUGGCAGGUGGAGAAAGUCCUCAAGAGUGAGCUGGGAAGCGACUGGCGCGGGAAGCUGACUCACUUCGACAUGAAGCCCUUCGCCGCGGCCAGCAUUGGUCAGGUGCACCGUGGCGUGCUGACCGAUGGCACGGAAGUGGCGAUAAAGAUCCAGUAUCCGGGCGUCGCGGCGAGCAUCAAGAGUGACAUUGACAAUCUGGUGGGGCUGCUGAAGGUGUGGGACGUCUUCCCGCCGGGUAUCUUCAUCGACAACAUCGUUAAGGUGGCCAAGCGCGAGCUGGUGUGGGAAGUGGACUAUCUGCGCGAGGCGGAAUACACGGAGAAGUACGCCGAGAUGGUGGCGCACUUCCCGCAGUAUCGCGUGCCCAGAGUCAUCAGGGAUUUGACCACGCAGAGCAUUCUCACCACUGAGCUGGUGCCGGGUGUGCCUUUGGAUCAGUGCUUCGACCUGGACGAGAGCCACAGGACGAUCAUUGGGCGCGGCGUGAUGAAUCUCUGCAUGCAGGAGUUGUUUGUCAUGCAGUGCAUGCAAACGGAUCCCAAUUGGUCCAACUUCCUCUACGAUACGUCCUCUAGGCAGCUCAUGCUGAUCGAUUUUGGGUCCACGAGAUUCUACACGAAGGACUUCAUCGAUAAUUACCUCAAGGUCACUGUCGCUGCCAGCCGGAAGGAUAGGGACACUGUGCUCAGGAUUUCGCGGGAAAUGGGCUUCCUGACAGGCUACGAGAGCAAGGCGAUGGAGAACGCGCACGUGGACGCUGUGAUGAUUCUUGGGGAGGUUUUUUCCUGCGACGGAGAGUUUGACUUUGGGCGACAGGACACGACGAAGAGGAUUGUGGAUCUGGUACCGACAAUGGUGGCUCAUCGGCUGUGUCCUCCGCCAGAUGAGAUCUACUCCAUCCACAGGAAACUGUCGGGCGUCUUCCUGCUCUGCAGCAGACUCCGAGUGAAGUUCGCCUGUCAGCCGAUGUUCCGCGAGAUCGUGAAGAACUACAACUUCGGAUGA